AUUGCUGUCAUCACAUCAUGAAAUCUAGCCAAUAUACCCGUUUCCUUUGUUGCACUAAAUGGGGUCAUGUUUUGAUAGAAAGGUUAGUUUUGAAUUGAAUCUUUUGGACUAGACAAGGACAACACAAUUCGUAACUUAUUUCUUUUCAUUUUGAUUUGUGAAUAGAACAAGCACCAUGGCAUCUAAACCUGUCGAUCCUUUUGGACCUACUCGAAAAGCACGGGUAAAUUUUAGAUUGAACGAUGAUAUUGAACUUCUGAAAAGCGUUCUUGCGAGAAAUCCCUGGAGCGACACGAGUAGGUGGGAGGCUAUCAGUAGAGAAAUUUCGAGAGACGACUUCAUUGUGUCAUCAAGAAGAGCAAGCGAAAGGGCAGAACUCUUGCUAAAGUCUUACAGAGCAGAAGACCGCCUAAAGCGAUCAAAGUCAGGUACAGAAGAGUUGUAUGACGAGUAUAAAAAGUUAAUGAAAUUUUGAAAAGAUCAUUGGAAACAGCAAGACAAACCGCUAUGAGGCAUGAAAAGGAAGAAACUCAGAAUGAAGAAAAGAAAGCUUCACCUCCAAAGAAAAAGAAGAACACGGGACAAGGGAACUUUCUAGAAGAGUAUCUUUCAAGAAAGAUGGAUCUUGAGGAGCGAAGAUUCGCACUAGAAGAACGAAAGUAUCUAGACAGUCAUCCUAACGUCGGGAAAUAAAAGUAAAUGAUCGUCUAGGCUGGACAUUCGGAGAGGCAGAAAUCGCUAAUAGAUUAAGGUUAAUUAUAACGAACUUUUAUUUUGUUUAUUUCAAAACAUCAUGGUCAAGGACGUUAGAUAAAUCUGUGUCGAUGUCACGACUCACGAGACGGCUUACUUUUUUCAUAUAUUGCGCAUAUUUUGUUUACCAUGUUGUUAAAAAUAAACAUAUUGUUAUGUUACAUCAUA